AUGCCGCCAAAAGUUAGGGGUAAAGGAAAGGGUCCCAUGCGAGGGGGACCAUCAGCAGGACCUUCACAUCGACGCACCCCAUCUGCGUCAUUUUCCAGUUCUUACUCUCACAAUCUGUGGGGUCACUCUUUUGAACCAGCGAGACACUCUGUCUCGUUGAGCUCCUCACCUUCAUUCCAUCCAUCAUUUGGGCCGCCUGUCCCAGACGAGCCCCAGCAUUCGCAACAUUCUCAACACUCCCAUCACUCCCAUGAAUCUCACCAAUCUUACCAUUCGUUGCACUCUCAUUCCUUUCAUCAUUCGGAUUCUACCUACUCCCCGGCACAGUUCAAUCCGAAUGAUUAUGUCAACAACUUUUUGGGCUACAACCCUUUGGGCCCUGAGGAUCACUUUUCUCAGGAAAUGGAGAUGGACGACGACCCGGACCCAGAAAUGCAAACUGGAACACCGGACCACCCAAUUAGCAUCUCAAGCGGUUCCCCAUUUCAGGGAUCACCGUACCGUGGGCCCGAUUCAUACCAAGAGAGGAGCGCAUAUGAUUGGUACUUUACUCCUUCGUACCAUAACUCUCCUGCUCAACCACCUUUGGUUGAACCCCAGCUUCAAGCAGUUUCACCUCCACCACUACCUGUUGAGGAGUCGCCUCAACAGCCACCUCAGCCACCUCCCAAGCCUCCGAGGCGAAGGAGGAACGCACGAAUAUCUGUGCGAGGAGGACCUCGUUUUAGUUCUCCUCAGGGUUCAAGUUCUUAUCCUCCUAUUCCCGAGGACCCCCAAUUGGGUGGACCCUCAAACGCGGUGCUGGAGAUCGAUCCUCCACCAGCUUCUUAUGCACCACCAUAG